AUGUGUUCAAUCACCAUCAACGGUAACAGGCUUGACCUGCCGGCACAAGCUCCUAGCCUUCAGCUUCAAAACAAUCAGCCCGGCCUUCAUAAUCUUGGCGAACAGGCUGAAGACGCAUCGAACUCCAACUACAUCCUCGUUCAGACGAAGGGAAAGCCUCUAAAAGGCCCUGAGAAGCAAGAACUGCUCAAUCUGGGCGUGAAUAUCGAGGAGUACGUCGGUGAGAACACUUACCUUUGCGGCUACAAGCCCACCGACCUCAAUGUCAUACGCUCCCUCGACUACGUCAACUACGCAAAUGUUUAUCAGCCCAGCUGUGUCGUGGAGGCAGAGUUGAAAGAAGCGGAAGCGGAGACCAAGCUCUCUGUGGAGGUUAUCCUGCAUGACGAUGUUGAAGACGACGACGACUUGAGAGGGCAGCUUGCCAAAGCGGCGCACGUGGAAGUGGAUGCAGUGACUAUCGCGCAUGGCAGGGCUCAUUUGGAAGUUGCCAAGGAACAACUGAACGGUCUUGCCGCGGUAGACGCCGUAAGAUACAUUAAUUCCAGUCCUGAACCGCGGCUAUUCAACGAUGUCGCUCGAAGCAUCCUCAAAGCGGACGUCGUCAUCAACGAUACUCCCUAUAAGGGCGAAGGUCAAAUAGUUGCUGUUGCAGACAGUGGUUUUGACAUCGGAGAGAAAGCAGGCUGCCACUACGCAUUUGAGGGGCGGGUGAAGGAGCUUCACGAUCGUGGUCGUCCGGGACUCACCAAUGACAUAACUGGGCAUGGCACUCAUGUCUGCGGUUCCGUCCUCGGUGUUGGCGACUCUCCUGAGAACGGAGGGCUCAUUGAGGCGCCAGCCUCGGCGGCAACGUUGGUUAUGCAAUCAAUCUUCUCCGGAUGGGUCGUAGUCAACGGAGGUCGCGUAGCAAGGCUGGAAGGGAUAAGAGCGUAUGAAAACUUAUUUCAGGAGGCGUACGACGACGGCGCCCGAAUCCAUACUAACUCCUACGGUAGCGGGCCAGGAGCGUACGAAGGAGGAGCCGCUGAUGCCAUUGAUCAGUUCUUGUGGGAUCACAAGGAUAUGGUCGUACUUUUCGCAGCUGGGAACGGCGGAGUGGAUGUGGAUGGCAGCGGAGGCAUCGAUCUUGGGUCAAUCAGUCGCGAAGCCUCCGCAAAGAAUUGCAUCGCAGUCGGCGCUUCGGAGAAUCACAGGCCAAACAUCAAGCGCCCGCAGGCAAGACCGUACACGUGGGGCGAUCUCCACAGGGUUAAAUUCCCAUCAUCUCCUAUCAAAAACGACCAUAUGGCGAAUGAUCCGGACGGCAUGGCUGCAUUUAGCAGCCGCGGUCCAACAAGAAACGGCAGAUACAAACCAGACGUGGUUGCACCUGGUACUGCGAUCCUCUCCGCACGCUCUAGUGUUGUUGACCAUUCCGACGACCAGUUUUGGGGCGUUUCGGAUGAUCCUCGUUGGUGGUACAGCGCAGGGACAAGUAUGGCCUGCCCUCUGGUUGCAGGAUGCUGUGCCGUGCUCCGCGAAACCCUUGUUAAAAACGGCGUCAAGAAGCCUUCAGCUGCACUUAUCAAAGCCUUACUCCUCAACGGAGCGGUCGAUAUCCCGGGACAAUACACCCCCAAAGAAGACGGGCCAUCACCCAACAACAACUCCGGCUUCGGGCGGGUGAACCUCCAGGACUCUGUUAUCAUUCCUGAAGCGAAGAACGCAGGAUUUAGCGAGGGAGCACGCCCCUUGUUAGACGACGAAGAGUUCAAUUUCUCCAUCUCUGUUCCCAGCGCGAACAGUGCCGGGCAGUCCAGUAAACUCAAAGUCACCCUUGUUUGGACUGAUCCUCCGGGUGCCAAAUUGCAGAAUGAUCUGGACCUGACAGUUACUGCACCGGAAGGGACGGAGCGGCACGGAAACAUGGGCGAGAUGCCGGGUUUCGACCGCGUCAACAACGUUGAGCAAGUUGCAUGGUCUGGAGUCUUGGCGGGUCAGUACAGCAUCAAGGUGCGCGCGGAGCGCAUCGUGAGACAUCAGCAGCCGUUCGCGGUCGCCUGGCGAGUGUAUUAA